AUGCUGUCACAAAGGGAGGAGAUGCAGGUUUGCUUUAAGGACUAUGACAGUAAAUGCACCAACAUGCAGAGCAACUACUCGCUGGUCGUCACCCCCAGAGAGAGUCUCCAAGUGCUCCACACAGCCCUGACGAACGCAUCAGCUGCGUUGCGCUCGCCCCCUCCCUGCUCACUCACCUCUUCAGGUUACCAGUUUUCACUCAUCCCAGCGCUCUUCGCCGUGGUUUUGGUUCUGGGGCUGGUUGGCAACAGUGUGGUGGUUGUGGUGCUUUGUCGUCACAGCAGCCCCAAAACAGUCGCCAACAUCUACAUUUUCAACCUGGCCGUGGCGGACCUGCUAUGCCUCGCCACCCUUCCCUUCUGGGCUACCUACUACGCACAGGGCUACAACUGGCUCUUUGGGUCUCUUAUGUGCAAGAUCUCCAGUUCUGUCCUGUGCUUGAACAUGUUUGCAAGUAUAUUUUUCAUCACCUGCAUGAGUGUGGACCGGUACCACGCUAUUGUCCACCCUAUUCACUCUCAAAGGAGAACUCUGCACAAAGCUUAUUUCACAGCACUGGUUGUGUGGGGUCUUGCCUGCUUGUCCUCCCUCCCAACCUUUUAUUUCCGUGCCACUUACUCCAUCGAAAGCUUGGGGGUCAAUGCUUGCAUUAUGGCCUUUCCUCAGGAGAGCUAUGCAAAAUGGUCUGUGGCAACAGCCUUCCUGAAAAAUGCCCUGGGCUUCUUCAUCCCCUUGACGGUGAUCACCACGUGCUACAUGCGGAUCAGGAAGCACUUGCUCAAAGCGCAGGAGUUUGGGAAAAGCAAGCAGAAGAGGGACAAAGUGCUCAAGCUGGUGGCUGCUGUUGUGGUGGCCUUCUUGAUCUCCUGGCUCCCGUUCCACAUUUUGACGUUUCUGGAUGCCUUGGCUCACAUGAACAUCAUCAGCAGCUGCAUGGUGACAGGGCUCAUCGACACAGCUCUGCCAUUCGGCAUCUGCAUGGCCUUUGCCAACAGCUGUGUCAACCCGCUGCUGUACUGCUUCAUCGGGAACCAGUUCCAGGAGAAGCUCCACCACUUGUUUAAGCGACGAGUCUAUGAGUUCAACAGCCAUCGGGAGAGCUCUUCCUUGAGGAAAGGGGGCUGCUUCAGGGAUGCUGAGACCCCCGUGGGCAGGGAAGGGGAGCCCGAGUCCUUGCUGUAG